CAUGGAUCCUCAUUCCAGUGCCCAGGAUGUACCCCGAUGUGACCUUUGUGAGACCACCAUAGUACACAGCUACUGUGACUAUUGUCAUGUCAACCUCUGUAAGCCAUGUGUAGUAGAUCACAUAUCAGGGGAAUAUGAAAAACAUAAAAUAGUCCCUUUCCAGGAUCGAAGAUCAACCCUAAUUUAUCCGAAAUGCGCCACGCAUUCACACAAAAGUUGCAAAUUUCAAUGCCAAGAUUGCAACAACAUUUUUGUUUGUUCUUCCUGCAUAGCAUCUGAGCAACAUGGGAGGCAUAAAUUUGUAGAAAUUACAGAAGUUUACAAGACAAAAAAAGAAGUCAUUAAAAAGGAUGCACAAGAGUUAGAAAAUCAGAUUUCCCCUACAUAUGAAGAAAUGGAGCUCCGUUUGGAAAAUGAACUUGUUAACCUGGAUGAAGGAUAUGAAAAACUUAAAAAAACAAUGUCCAAACAAGGACAGCAAUGGCACAGAGAAAUCGACAUCGUCAUCAACAGAAUGAAAACUGAAACUGAAGAGAUAAAAUUAAAACACAGAGAUAUUUUGAAGAAACACUUGGAUGAAAUCAGACAGAUACAUAGUCUCAUAAAACAAACGUUACAUGCCUUAAAAGAAAUAGAGAAAUCUACUGAAGUAUCUCGUACCAUUGAAUACAGCUCUAAGACCAGAGAAUUCAACAAGCGUCCAACCAGGGUUCAGGUGUCACUGCCAACAUUCAUUCCGAAACCAAUAGACCGUGAGAGGCUGUAUAGUUUGUUUGGACAGAUCACCCCAUUAUCAACUGCUACAGGAGAAAAUGUAAUUUCACUUAACCAAUCGACAAAAUCAGUCGGAGAACUACUUGAUGAACCGGAACUUGUUGCCACAAUACAGACUGGGUUUAAUGAUUUACGCAGCAUUACCUGUCUGAGUGAUGACAGGAUAUGGAUGAAUGGAAUGACCAAUGAAAUCAAAUGCUUCUUUGAAGGUUCCCUACUUGAGACAAUGAAAACAAAAUCAGGGGAGCGACCCAUCGAUAUAGCUGUAGAAAGGGAUGGAACAAUAUUGUACUCUGCCAGUUCAACAGGAACAGUGAAUAAAGUAAAGGAUGAAAAGGUAGAAGAGUUUAUUAGAUUACAAGGAUGGAAGUGUGGUAUGCUUUGUAUCGCCUCCACUGGUGAUUUACUAGUUGACAUGUUAAGUGAUGAUGGAAUUCAGUCCAAAGUUGUCCGUUACGCGGGAUCUACAGAAAAACAAACAAUUCAGUUUGAUGAUGAAGGUAAACCUCUGUUCUCGGGGAAUAAUAAAGUAAAAUAUAUCUCUAAGAGUAGAAACCAUGACAUCUGUGUAGCUGACAGUGAGGUUGGUGCAGUUGUGGUGGUUAGUCAGGACGGGAAACUCAAAUGGAGAUACACUGGUCAUCCAUCAGUUACCAAGAACGAACCAUUCAAACCCUAUGGUGUCACAACAGACAGUCAGAGUCGUAUCCUGACAGCAGAGGGUGACAACCAUUGUAUCCACAUUCUGGAUCAGGACGGACAGUUUCUUCGUUACAUUGAUAACUGUGAUCUUAAGAAUCCUUUUGGUUUAUGUGUGGACAAUGAUGACAAUCUAUUUGUAUGUGAAUAUCACCGCGGUAAUGUGAAGAAAAUCAAAUAUUUAAAAUAGACAUCAACAUUUGUGAAAAAUGAUGUAAAAGAAAUAAAGUUGGU